AUGUCGAACCCGCCUGGCCAGUCAGCCACAGCAGUACCCGAUAAUGAGGAAAUACUGUCGCUAGAUCUUGAAGAUGACUUUCUGUAUCGUAUAAGAAGGAAUUCACGGAUCGUAUAUGUUUCCAUCCUUGAUGGAGAUAUCCUCCCACCUGAUUACAGGACAGAUAGCUACCGGGUCCUUUCGAAGCUGCGAAAAAUACCGAGGUGGGAGGAGGAAUGGAAUACGCUUACUGUUCGAAGAAGUUCCCAGGGUGUUGAGAGCAGUCCAAACGAAUUUCCGCCCCACGGACUAGAUCUCAGACAGAUUGAUAUCCUGGACGCUAUCUUUGUCGAUCUUUUAGACUUGACAACAGUUUCUCGGAUCAGCGAUCGUAUCUCGUGUGUAAGGCAUGGUGGGGAGUCGUGGAUACUCAAGAUUGCACGAUUUAAACAUGAGAUUCCGGUCUUGCAGCGGGAAGUUUCAGUAUAUUCUAGUCUGACAUUGUCUGGCUUCCCACAUGCACCGAAAUUUAUUGGCUUUGUCUACGAGGAAACAAAGGCUCGCGUAGUUGGCUUUUUGAUAGAGCCAAUUACGGGGAAACCCCCAGGUGUUCAGAAUCUCAGAGAUUGCACGGAAACUGUUCGUCUCUUGCAUGCAUUUGGAAUCGUUCACGGGGACCUUAAUAAGUACAACUUCUUGAUAACAGAGCAUGGUGCCAAGGUUUUUGAUUUUGAAAACUCCGUUGUUCAAGGAAAUGUGGACCCAGAAACAGCUGAGAAUGAGAUAGAAACCCUUGCAGUCAAAUUGGAAGAUGAAUCCGGCGUCGGCAAGCGUUGA